AUGGCUUCUCAACUCGCUCAUAUACCAGAGGUCAAGCGUCUGAGUCCAGCUUGCAUGCGUAUACUAGCCGGCAACCCGAGCAAAUUCACCCUGCAAGGCACCAACACCUACCUAGUCGGCACCGGGUCGGACAGGUUGCUGAUCGACACCGGUGAGGGCAAACCGUCGUGGCUCGCCGCUUUGAAGCGUGUGCUCGACGACGAGAAAGCCACCGUCGAGAAAGCUCUUCUCACGCAUUGGCACCAUGAUCAUACUGAAGGGGUUCUUGACCUGCUGGAGCUGUCGCCUCACACCGCCGUCUACAAAUGCGACCCGACGGAAGGCCAGCUGGACAUCGCAGAUGGACAGACCUUCGAAGUUGAGGGCGCUACUCUGACAGCCGUGCACACUCCGGGUCAUACAACGGACCACAUGGCAUUCAUCUUGCAAGAAGAGGAUUCCCUCUUCACCGGUGACAAUGUCUUGGGUCAAGGUACCGCCGUCUUCGAAGACCUCGGAACCUAUCUCAAGAGUCUGGCUAGGAUGGAGCGUCUGGUGUCUGGUCGCGCGUAUCCCGGUCACGGUCCCAUGGUGUCGGACGCGAAAGCCAAGAUUGCCGAAUAUAUAUCGCACCGGCACCAGCGGGAGGUGCAGGUACUGCAGACCUUGGGUUCUGCCAAGGACGCUCCUAGUAUGUCUCCAUCGGACAUCUCGGAGCAGGUCGGCGCCUGGACACCCAUGGAGUUGGUCAAGGUUAUAUAUCGCGAUGUUCCCGAGAGUCUUCACCUGCCCGCGUCUGGCGGCGUGGUCCAGAUCUUGCGGAAGCUUCGGGAUGAGGACAGGGUCGUGCUGGAAGACGGAGACAGAUGGCGCCUCAAGGGCAGACCGAGCUUAUGA